AUGUCCUGCGCGCUGCGACUGCCAACUAUACGUGUUGUCACAAAGCAGGCAAAUAUUGAACUUACAGCAACAGCAUCGUUGAAUAUCGACCCCUCAGACGGUACACGAAACAUCAAAAACGCCAAAGAUCUCCUAUCAGCAGUCACAAAUUCCCAGCUAUGGAUUUCUCGCGCUGGGGCUUGUUCUAUCGAGGUAUCCUUUGCCAUUGACAGCCGUCCUAUUUUGGAGCGCGAUCAUCUUGAGGGUGUCGCUGAAACGAUCGGUAAUUCUGAAAUUUGGGAUCGCCUAGGUGUCCAUCUUGAGUACAACAGAUCACUGGCCGCAUUAAUGCCUGGCCCUUUGUUCUUCUCAAUUCAACAUCCAGAUCUCUCAUCAGCUCUCGUCACUCCAGCAUCGGCCUGGACGACUCCAUUUCGAAGUUUGCUGAUAACAAUUAAUGUUUGCCGACUCGACGAGCGACAGGAGCCACUCAGGAAAGCCCUUCGAGCACGCAAACGACAGAAAAGGGCGAGGAAAGCAGAGGAAAGAGCCACGUCACCGUCAGGGGGCUUGUUGGAGAGUCUGGAAUCAACUGACCAAGAUGCUAUCGAGACCUUUAUAUCCAGUCUGAAUUUCCCAUCAAACUGCGACCAGAAGAAGCUUACGCAAACAAAUAGCAAAAUGAAGCGUGCUGCUUGCAUAGAAGUGCUGGAAGAUCUGCACUCGUCACCCUUACUAGAUAUCCUCCUUGAGCAAUUGACCUUGGCUACCGAGAAAACAUACAAAGGUUGCCAGGUUUGGGGUUGCGGAUCCGACUACUGUCUUACGAAACUGGCACCUGGUGUUUUCCACGUACCAUUUCUCAAGAGUGUAUCAGAGCGCGCUCAGCUGCUUCCAGUCAUUGCCAUGUCCCUUGCACGCAUGCAGCAUGCUGAAUCUCCCGCAAUUAGACAAAAGGUAGCUGCCUUACCGCCAAGUGACGAGACUAUUUUCAGCUCGCACAACGAAUCGGAAGACCCUGCGAGCGGCAUAGAACGGAGAGCUUGGGAAGUUCUUCUUGCGCAUAUUCAAAUCCCACCGCUUGCCAAGAAAAGAAGAGGCAAGAGAUCAAUACCAUCUACUAUGAUCUCCGCAACAAGUUCAGAAACACCCGUCACAAACGAACAGCCAGUCACAGCAACAGAGAACAGCUUAUCAGAGACGCGUGCCAACGCCAAGCAGGAGAGUCAGGAGAACACGGUAAUGAGUGUAAGCUGGAAUACCAUAGCCGGCUCAUCAACGUAUGCAAAGUACGAACAUUCAGAGGGGAACCCAUGCGACUUUGAGACGCUGGACCAGUGGCUCAGCUGCGAUAAUGGGACACAACGGUGA